AUGGCCCGGCCACAACUGAGGAAGGAUACUCCCAAUUCCGGGGAAAACAACAAUGAUAUCCAUCAGCUUCUUCCACGGGCCAGCCCCAGGGCCGUGCCACUGCCAUCCACUGUUCCCCUGCAAGCUGCUUCCCUCCACCUUUGUCCUGAGUGUCCGACUAUCCAUCCUGCCUCGCCCCCAGCCACACACCUCUUCUCCGCGCGUCCCAUCGAUCCAGCCCUCCAGGCUCCAGCCGGUCCAGUCGGAGGCGACCGUCCCCCAAAUCCAGGGGAAGCCAUCAUCAAAAUACCACCCAGGACGACGCCCGUGUAA